GGCCCCAAUCUGUGCACGCAGCGAACUGCGCUUGGGCGGCAGGCGGAGAGUUCACACCCUGGGUUCCCGGAGCUUCUAACUGGAAUGGAGGAAGGAGACUUCUUGGGUUCACCCGUGUUGUCUGGGGUGACUGGUGGGCAAGACACGACAGAAACACACACAAACUCUGAACUCCACCCGAAACCCCUUGUGCUCAGGCUCCUGGAGGUGAAGAACGAGCUUGGGAGUGAAGAGGUCAAAGGGGAUGAGGAGGAAGAAAGACAAGAAGAGGACAAUGAGUAUGAAGUGUUCGCUGAGUCCAGUAAACACUCUAAGACUCACAAAUCCCAUGAGGCCUCCACAUCCUCCAAGUCCCGCAAGGGCAGUGAAUCCCUCCAAUCUCGAAAGAGCAGCGAUCCUCCCCAGUCCCGCAGCACCAGCUAUCCUCUCCAAUCCCGCAGCUCCAGCGAUCCUCCCCAGUCCCGCAAGACCAGCGAUCCUCCCCAGUCCCGCAAGACCAGCGAUUCCCUCCAGCCCCACAAGGGCAACGAUUCCCCCCAGUCCCGCAAGGGCAGUGAGCCAUUCCACGCCCGCAAGGGCGGUGAGCCACUCCAGUCACUUCAGGUACACGCAGAUGAAAGAGCCGAUUUGCUUCCCAACGCGGUGAUUACGACCUCCCCAUCUUUGAUGGCCAGAUACAUACCGCACCUCCAGAUGGCUUCAUUGAGCGCAUAUCCUGUUUCCUGUGACUAUGUAAGGAAAUGUUUUUUUUCUAGAAAGAGAAUUGAAGAUCUUUCUAGACCGAAAAAGCAAUGGGGAACUCCGGAUAGAAGGUUGUUUUGGGGAAAUCAAGAUCCUAUUCGCCCUGUUUCUGAGGCUGCUUUAAAAGCUCAGCUGACCAGGAGACUUGAGGACCUCGCUCAGCCCAAGCUGGUCUCCCGACACUAUGUCCCUAACAGGGCUCAGUAUUACUACAGCUGUGGCAGAGAGUCUGUAAUUUGGGAGAUCCCUCCUCCUGCACUGUUUACCCGACCUUCUAAACGGAUCCAGAAGCUGGCAAAACCCAACAGAUUCAAAACACAGUUUCUACUACAUAGGUAGACCCCAGAGGCUGUCCGUUUCUCCGAUCCUUCUCCCCGGAUUCUGCAGCUCUCCGUAGCCAAAGGCACAGAUCCCAGCUAUGUUCCUCCAAAAAGCAUUGAAACUAAGAUUUCCUUCUCUACCUUGAGUGCUGUUGCAAGCCCAAGGAUUGUAGAUCUUGCCCACCCAAGGAUCAAGAUAGAAGGUCUAUGCUAUGAGAGAGUAAAGAGUGAAUUGCCCAUCCGUCCCGUAGCCCCUGCUGCCCUGCUUGCCAAACCUACUGCCCGAACCAUAACUCUAGCAAAGUCCAAACCUGUUCAUGUAGAUUAUCUCCCUGCCCGAGAUGCCCGAUGGCCUGUAUCUUAUGCUGCUGCCCACUCUCAGGUGUCUAGUAGAGUCCAGGAGCUGGCUAAUCCACCCACAAGGGCUUCAGUGCAUAUUGUAUACUACGACCCAGACGUCUUUAAAGUCAAACCUUCUGCUUUGAAAGCACAAUGUUCUCCCAGGGUCAAGGAGCUGGCAGAACCCAUUGUGCGCUAACUUCAGCAAGCUACCAGAGGCUGACAUGGGUAUCCAGAACAUGCAGCUGAUGACUCUGUUCCCUGCCUUGGUGUUUACAUCUUACCAGUCUCCUCCCAAAUGUGAGCCUUCCAGGGAAUACCACCAUGAG